CUGUUUUUGUCUCAGGUUCAUCACACUGAAGUUAGGAGAGCUUGUGUCUGGUUUAUGAGGCAGCACCAGUCUAAGUUUGAAUCUUGUGUGGAAGGCUCGUUUGAGAAAUACCUAGAACGACUAGGAAAUCCUAAGGAAAGUGCUGGCCAGCUGGAAAUGAGUGCUUUAUCACUGAUGUACAAACGAGACUUUAUCCUCUACCGGUACCCUGGAAAGCCACCGACGUAUGCUACAGACAAUGACUUCGAAGACAAGAUUUUACUGUGUUAUUCCGGCAACGGCCAUUAUGACUCUGUGUAUACAAAGCAAUUUCAGGAAAAUGCUGCUAUUUGCCAGGCUGUAUUAUAUGAGAUCCUGUACAAAGAUGUGUUUGGCAUGGAUGAGGAAGAAUUGAGGUCUGCAGUUGAGGUGUUUCGAAGUGGAUCCAAGAAGAACAGAAACAGUAGUCCUGUAGGAUGUGAGGAUGCAAACUUUGGCUGUCUUCAUGAAAAAGUAUCCAGAAAUCCAUCAGAAAAGAGAGUGAACGACUGGGAAGGCAAUGCUACUGACAAUCCACAGGAAGCUAAGUUCAAACAAGGCAUUGAAGAAGAAAAGCUUCCAGAAAAUCCUCCAAAGUUGCCUGUUCGUUAUAAAGUGCUAAAGGCACUGGACUCUGAGAUCUACCGAAAUGUGGAGUUUGAUGUUUGGCUGGACAGCAGAAAAGAGCUUCAAAAAACUGACCACAUGGUGUUUGCUGGGAGACAGUACUAUUUAGGAGACAAGUGUCAGGUACGUCUGGAGCCAGGAGGAAAGUAUUACAAUGCUCAUAUCCAGGAAGUUGGACAGGAUGGCAACACAUUGACUGUGUUCGUUGAGGAACUGGCAGAAAAGCAUACAGUUCCUGUGGCAAACUUAAAGCCAGUGACACAAGUGGCACCUGUCCUUGCUUGGAAUACGGCUCACAACAGGAGAGGAGGAGCCUAUCAGAAAGUAACAGGUGGAUACUUCUCAGGAGCGGAAAUGGAUAUGAAAACACGGAAGAGAAUGCUCAAGAAAGUUCGUGGGAAGGAAGUCUUUAUGACUGUGACUUAUAGCAGGGGUCAGCCAGUUCUUCCACCCAGGCUUCAGCACAGCGUUCCCUUGGGACGCUCUCCUCCAGGUCACUGUUCACAGGGUGCUGGAAAUGUGAUACCUUAUCAGCCCUAUCAUCAGCAGAAUCCGAGACAUCACCGUGGAUUUGGGAUGCCAAGGGGAUCUGCCCGAUUUAUAAACAGGCACAACAUGGUUGGCCCUCAAAUAGCAUUCUGCCCCAGUCCAGGAAAGAGAUGCUGUCAGAACUAUGACAAUUUCUCCUGCGGGUCCUGCUCGUACAGCCAUAGCCACCAUGUGAACAAGGAGUGUCAGUAUGGAUUUGUAGCAGGGAAUGGAGAGGAGCCUCAAGGACCAGAAGAAGCUGUAACUUUCUAUGAAAUUGAAGGAGAGGAUGGCACUGCUUUUCCUACUUUGUCAUCCAGGCCUAGACCAAGGCUGGGUGUGCUACAAAAAAAGCUCAACUCUGUUGCACCUAACAAGCAGACCCUGAAUUCCUCAGAGGAGGAGGAAGAAACAAGUCAAAAUGGGAAAUUUCAUGAAGAAUAUAUCUAUGCACCUCCAGAUCCUGACUGUGAAACUUCAACAGUAUUUAGUUCAGCAGAACCUACAGCAAACUUGGUAUUGGUGAACUCAGCCUCUGCAGAUGUUUAUACUGCUCCAGGCUUCUCUUCAGAUUCUGCCUCUGCUCCAGCCAAUGUUACAACAGCUCCCCCACAAACAGUAGUUCAGCCAGUCAUAGUAUCUCCCCUCCCUAUGGGGAGGCCAGCAGUUUCUUCAGUGCCAUUCCCAGUUUAUUCAGCUCCUCUUCAUCCAGUGAGUGAGGUGGGAGAAGCUGGUGCUGUUCUUCCAGCUUACUCUUGUGAUCCCAGUGGCAGUGAUCUGCCUCGAGAUACAAAGGUCUUGCGGUACUAUUUUAACCUGGGAUUGCAAUAUUACCAUCAGAGCUGUUGGCCUUCCGUGAUGUAUGUACAGCCAGUGCUGCCUCCAUCUCCAGUUGAAGUUUAUCCAGCAUAUGCCGAGCCAGCUCCUGUCUUAGAUCAGUCAGUACCUCAGCUCCUCACCGAUGCUGGGCGAACUGAAGUCCACCAGGUUCCUUUGGAAGCACCUGCAAAUGGUAACUUUCAAAAUGCAGAUCCUCCACCCCUGUCCUAUGGCCCAGUGUAUUACCCAGUGAUGCCAGACCCAUUCAGCCACCAGUCUCUGCCUGGGUUUGACUCUGCAGUGCCUGCCUAUCACUAUAUCAGUGCCUGGCAUCCAGUAAAUCCUCCGUAUGGAAGUUCACCACAAAUGGUUAAUGCUGUAAGUUCAGGACCACUACAUCACGUCAACUAUAUUGUCUCACCUAACCCUGCACCUCAGGACACGCCUCAAGGAAUGUAA